AUCCUCAUUUAAUAAGCAUAUCUCGCAUUUAAUAAACUAAUUUAGAAGUAGUUCAUUAAUAAAUUAAUGAUACUGAUUGAUAUUGUAACAUACUGUUAAUUUUCAUUUAGGAGGAAAUAUUUAUCGGGACAAGCCAUGAUUAAUAUUCACGUAAUGGUCAUUUUGUUGCUGAGCUUCAAACAGAGUUUUGGACUUGAAGUAAACAUAACAAAAAAAACCCCUAACUCGGAAGGUACACUUUAUAGUGUACAUUUCGAAAGACAGUUACAGUUCACGAUUCCCGAUGAAUGUGCCAAGCUCGAUUUUUGUGAGGUAAUUCCCGAUUUUCCGGAUGAUGAAAUUUCAGAAUUAAUCGAUUUACUGAUUGCUGAUAAUAUCCAUUUCAAUCAAGAUCGUGAAAGUAUAUUUGAUGGACAAGACGGUAAAGAAAUUAAUCUGUGCCGUUCGAAAUCAACUUUUCUCCAACCGAAGGCAGUGAAGGUCGAUGAUGAAUGGCAUCUAGUCUUAAACUCUAAAAACAACAUGGUUCAAUCGUUCAAAGGAGAAAAAUGUAUGGACGGACUAAAAGCUCCUUGCUCAGAGUUGAUAAAAUUCAAUAGAGGCUUUACGGGACACUGUGUCCAAAAGUAUAUGGAACGACGUGUAAUCGUGCUUAGUACAAACUAUGAGGAAGUCAUUGCGUUGCCUCAACCAGUACCAAGUUGUUGUUCCUGCAUGGCUUUCUUACAAUGAAUACGCCUUUGACUUUAUAAACGUCCCCGUUUCGUAUGACAUGGUUUCGGCAUUCUCCAUUUUACUUCAUGUCGGAUAUAACGCUUGUUAACAAGUUUUAGAGAUUUGAACGUAAAAACCACGGUUUGAUAUGGAUAAUAUUCACUAUGUUAUAUGUAUAGAAAAAAAUAAAAUGUUUGCUCA